AUAAAAAUAAAGAAUUUUAGUGUAGAAAUAUGAAAAUUAUAAAUUGAUGAAAAUGACUGAAAAUGGAUUGCAUAAUAGUAUCUCAGUGCACAAAGAAGAAUCAUUAGUACAUAGCAGCGAGUUUGAUCAUCCAGUCUACAAAAAAAUAUCUGCAGCUAAUGGGCGCAUUAAUAAAAUGACUAAUAUUGAACUUUUAGAAGCAUUAACUUAUUUGAAAUUGGGAACAAAAGGUACAAAAGAGAUACUUCAAAAACGUUUGAAAGCUCAAGUGAAGAAACAACAUCUUGCAGAAAACAAUUUGGUUGCAAACCCAAAAAGCUGUUAUGUAGAUUAUUAUGUUGUCAUUGAUUUUGAAGCCACUUGUGAUGAACCUAAUCCUAGUGGAUUUCAACACGAAAUCAUUGAGUUUCCUGCUGUUUUGGUCAAAACUUCUACCCUAGAAAUAGUAUCUGAGUUUCAUUCUUAUUGUCGCCCUGUUAUCAAUCCUGUACUAUCUGAAUUUUGUAAAUCUUUGACUGGAAUUACGCAGGUUCAGGUAGAAUCUUCCUCAGUUUUUGAAGUUGUUCUUCAGAGAUUUGAUAAAUGGUUAAAACAACAGGUUAUGCCGACAGAAACAUUUUGCAUUGCUACUGACGGGCCAUGGGACUUAGACCGUUUUCUUAAAAAUCAAUGCAAGACUCUUAAUAUUCAAAUUCCGCAUUAUUUCCACCGAUGGGUCAAUAUCAGAAAGCAUUUUUAUAAUUACUAUAAGAUAAAUCAGGCAAACGUAGAAUUAAUGCUUCAGCAUUUAGGAAUGGAGUUCGAAGGACGUCCCCAUCGUGGAAUUGAUGAUGCGCGCAAUAUAGCACGUAUUUUAAUUCAGUUGAUUAGAGACGGAGCGGACCCAUUAAUCAAUGAGAGUCUUCGAUAAAUUUGGAAGCAUUGAUUUGACCAGUUUUAUGGUGUGUUGAUAUGGCAACUUCUCUGUUAUCUGGAGAAUAUUUUUUCAUCGAACUUGUUUUGAUCAUAAAAUUUGAAAUAAGAAACACGAAAAAAGGAAAAAUUCUUAAAAAUUGAAAUAACAAUGAAAAAAUUUACUUUUAACUUUCAUUUGAUGUAUUAUGUUUUUUACAAUGCAAACGUACCAAACAUAAUUUUAUUUGUUCUUGUUUUAAAAAAAAGUUUAUUUAAAAGCGUGAGGAAGAAAAACAACGUUUGUGAAACAUUUUCUUUGGUUAAAUAAUAUUUUUUAAAUAUGUAAAUAUGUAAAACAAGUGUUAUCUUUUUAUUUGUUGUUACCCAGUAUGCA